GAAGAAUAUCAAGGCUUCAUUGGCACUAUCAUGGCAAAAAUGGGCAAGUUUACAGUAGUUGAAACAGAAUCAUACCUGGUAGCAUAUGAAGACAUGCUAAAUCGAUUCAAGAAACCUUCACAACCAAUUCCUUUAGCCAAUUUAUCUCAAUCUUCUAUCCCUUCGGAUCAGAAUUUUCAAAGAAACUACAAUCCUUCUAGAGGCAGAGGAAGAGGAGGAAGAUUCAUGAGAGGUGGUAGAUUUACCAACUCAAGUUUGACCAGCAAUUUCAGUCACCUAAUGCAACAUUUUCAGCUCAAUCAUAUCACCAUCCAGCCCCUCCACCAUCCUUUCAUCAACCUAGGACAUUUUUGGCAGCACCACCGUCAUCAUCGUCAUCACCAUGUGACAGCUGAACCUAAUAACCUUCUUCAAGCUGCUGAGAAUCAGAUUGGGUCAGAUCAGUUGUAUAUAGGUAAUGGUCAAGCUUCACUACUCAACAUUAAAACUACUGAGGACAUUGUUGGUAUAGUAGAACCCUCUGAAUGGCUUGCAUUUGAUUGCUGCUGCUGCAAUGUGAAUUCCCUAUGCGCCUGUUUUUACAUUUCAAACGAGAACAUGUAACAAUGACUAGUACUAUAGUUUUAGCAAGAUGUGACAUCCAUUCCACAUUGAGAGCUUACCUCAGAAAAUCUUCCUGGUUGAAGGUGUUUUAUAUGUGUUAGGAUUGGCGGUUCCAGCCCAAAAGGCGCCUCUGAGUUGUUCAGAUAUGAAGGGUAUUGGCGGUUCCAGCCCAAAAGGCGCAUCUGAGUUACUGAGAUAUGAAGGUUAACUCACUGAUGG